GAGACAAGGGCCGAGCCCCCUCCGGCCGGAGCCAGCGCGGCCACGGCUUCAGAAGCCCGCGGGGCUGCGGACCGGCUCGAGGUGCAGAUUCUUCUUAGUCCCUUGGUGGAAACUCUGCAACACAAGAUGGCUGCAAAUAAGCCCAAGGGUCAGAAUUCUUUGGCCUUACACAAAGUCAUCAUGGUGGGGAGUGGUGGCGUGGGCAAGUCUGCUCUGACUCUGCAGUUCAUGUAUGAUGAGUUUGUGGAGGACUAUGAGCCCACCAAAGCAGACAGCUAUCGCAAGAAAGUAGUGCUGGAUGGGGAGGAAGUACAGAUCGACAUCUUAGAUACAGCAGGGCAGGAGGACUAUGCUGCCAUCAGAGACAACUACUUCCGGAGCGGGGAGGGUUUCCUCUGUGUCUUCUCUAUUACGGAAAUGUUAUCCUUUGCAGCCACAGCCGACUUCAGGGAGCAGAUCCUAAGAGUAAAAGAAGAUGAGAAUGUUCCAUUUCUGCUGGUUGGUAACAAAUCAGAUUUAGAAGAUAAAAGGCAGGUUUCCGUAGAAGAGGCAAAGAACCGAGCGGACCAGUGGAAUGUUAACUACGUGGAAACAUCUGCUAAAACGCGGGCUAAUGUUGACAAGGUAUUUUUUGAUUUAAUGAGGGAAAUUCGAGCCAGAAAGAUGGAAGACAGCAAAGAAAAGAAUGGGAAAAAGAAGAGGAAAAGUUUAGCCAAGAGAAUCAGAGAAAGAUGCUGCAUUUUAUAAUCAAAGCCCAAACUCCUUUCUUACCUUGACCAUACUAAUAAAUAUAAUUUAUAAGCAUUGCCAUUGAAGGCCCAAUUGACUGAAAUUACUUUAACAUUUUGGAAAUUGUUAUGUAUCACUAAAAGCAUGAAUUGGAACUGCACUGAAAGUCAGAUUCACUUUAAAAAGAAAUUAAUGUGGCUUCUCCAAGAAGCAAAGUUCAGCUUAUUUCAUAACUGCCUACAUUUAUCACGGUCCUGAAUGUAGCGUGUGUGUCUCUCAGGCAGUCUUUCUGGAACUGUUAAAUAAAGAGGUGAGAUGUGGGGUGGGGAAUGGGAGGAAAGGCUACUUCCUCUGGUGUUUAUUAUAAAGCUUAAAUUUUAUAUGAUUUUAAAAUGUCUUGGUCUACUGCCUUGAAAAAUGACAAUUGUGAACAUGAUAGUUAAACUGUACCACUUUUUUUAACCAUUGUUAUGCAAAAUAUAGAAGAAAAAGUUGUUGGCAUGGUUGUUGCAUAUAGUUAAACUGAGAGUAAUUCAUCUGUGAGUCUGCAUUAAUUAACUGGUGAUUAACUUAGAAAAGUGGUGUAAACUUGUACACGGACAUUUUGGAAUAUGCCUUAAUUUAGAAACCGAAAAAUACCCAGUUUCAUCAUUCUGUGAGACACUGUAUGCCUGGUAUGGAGUACAGCUUUUGUAUAGAAGGUUCUUGAGAAAUAACUGUCCACUCGGAGUCUGUCCAGAUGAAAACUGUGUGCCAUACUCUGGUUCUUAAAUAAGGUUCCAGAGCUUCUUGACUGCUUUAAUAAAUUGUAAGGUGGUAUGAAAUGAAGGGCCAGCAUCGACUUGUAAGAUAAUUUGAGACUUUGAAGAUUCAGUACCCCUUGUGUUUGAGUGAAGCCUCUUUUUUUUUUCCUAAGAUGCUGGUCCCUAGAAAUCACUUUCUACGAGUGGUGAGCAUAUAAGUGUUACUUUUUAAUCUCCUGGAAUUAGGGCAUAGGACAAACGUUAGCAGCACUAAUGCAUUUGGCAUUAGAACACUUGGGGAGAAUAAGCAUGCUUGCCACCUGUUUAUUUCUAAACUUGUAUUCCUGAGGUUUACAGUUUGGCUUUAUAGAAAUUAUUGAGAGUAUCUGUAGUCUGUUUAUGUUCCUAAUUAAGCACUGUGUAGCUAUAUCUUCCUAAAAAUAACAUCAAGCAAUCAAACCCAGGCAUAGUGCAGAAAACGUGUGUGGCACACAGAGACCACAGUGUGUCAAGUGGUGUCACUAUUGUGUGAUGUUGCCACUGGAAGAGUUCCGGCAUGCUAUUUGGAUACAUAAUUUUGAUGAGAAAUACACAGACCACUGUCACUUUUCUUUUCCUGCUCAGGAUGGAAUUAGGACAGUUGAUUUUAACAGAUUUUUUUUUCUUUUUUCUUUUUAGUCAGCCCUAAUUUGAACAAGUCAAGGAUGUGUUCAGGCAUUCCAGGUAACAGGUUGUAUAUGUAAGCUAACAAAACUAGACUUUUAAGGAACUCAGCUCUUUAGAUACUAUAUCCAGCUUGUCAUGUUAAAUAUUUGUUCCUCAAAGGUGUGAGAUGUACAUCUUCCAUUUCAUAUUUUUCAUAGGUUAUGCCAUGUGCAGAAUUAAAGUUACCAAUGUAAUACUGGCCAGCGGGCCCAGCAGUCUCUAUGUGUACUCACGCAUUGCAGUCUUAUUUAACCAGGGGUCCUAACCACUAACAUUGUGACUUUGCUUUGAGACCUUUCCUCUCCUGGGUACUGAGGUGCUAUGAAGCCAACUGACAAAGAUGCAUCACAUGUCUUAGGCUGAUGCCACUACCCAAUUCGUUUAUUUGCAAUUUGAGCCAUUUAAAGACCAAUAAACUUCCUUUUAAAAAAAAAA